GGUAUCAAUGAAGUUGCUUAGAUAACAUGCGAGUGAAGAAGAUUGAAGUCAAAACAUGGCGGACAAAAAAAAUGCAAAUUUUUUACCCAGUGUUGUUUUUGACUCCGUAACUGUUUGAUUCCUUAACAAUUUUUUUUGUACUUGAAGCAAUAAAUGAUGAAUCCUGCACACAGAUUACUGUAGUUGUACGUUGGAUUUACAUCUGAAACCUUUGUGAAGAUUGUUUUAUACGGAAAUAAGAGAUGAAAGGGAGUUAGGGGUAUAUAUCCAUCAAAAAUGAUACCAUGAAAGAAUGCUGGCCUUUGACAAUGAUGAAGAGCUUCUGAAAGGUGCCUUGUGUCUGGAUUUAAAAGUCCACCAUGUUCUGUUCAACCAAAAGGGAAAAUACAAGAUAAAGUUCAAAAUCAGUAGUUCCCGUGGGGAUCUGCGACAAGUUAAACUCCUCCUGAAUGACUUUAAAGAGUCGAUAUUUGAGUAUGAGUAUACCACUGAACUCUGUCUUCAGGAUGGUUAUGAUACCCCAUGUCCAUUUGAUGACACCCAGUUCCGAUUUGAAAUGCCCAAAGAGUUUUCCGAAGGUGAGGUUAAUCUGUUAUUCGAGGCCUAUCAAUUUAGUGACAACCCUCUUGAGAAUCCAUUUAAGUGUGGUGAGGGUAAGUUCCUAGUGUUUCCCUGUGCUGGGCCGCUGAAGAAUGAUCAGCCAUCAACCAGUAAGGACAAAGAUAUCUGUUACAACUACACAACUCAGAUUGCUCUGAAUAAACUGCUCAAUGAGGAACAGCUUUAUGUGAAUAUUGGUCAUGCACAGAUUACAGUUCUACUAAAAAUUGAUGAAGAAAAAGCUCCACCGCGUAACCAAUCAUUAUCUGCAAAAACAAUGGUGAAUGACGCAGCUUUACCAGGAGACGUGGAAGGACCGUCCACAAGGCACUUGUGUGGUAGUUAUUUGAAUGAAGUUGGUGUGUAUGAAGUUGUGAUUCACGUGCACAGCGCGUGUGAUGUAGUCUCCAACACACAAGGACGACCACCUCAACCUUAUGUUACCAGCAAACUCAGUAAUAGCGACGAUAUCAACAGUAGCACUCAUGCUACUUUACAUCCGACGUACACCCCGCUCUGGGAUGAACUUCUGGUUCUAAAGGCACCGAAAGACAAGAUUUCCAAUGGAGAUCUAAUAAUCAAUAUUAUUGAUCAUCCCAAGAAAACAUUGAUCACCGGAUAUUGUCUUCCACUUGGACCUCUGAAACCUUUCUAUCCAUAUCAUCUGGAACUAGAACAGGGUGGAAAAGAGAUAAAAACGAAGCUGUUUAUCACGUUAAUGUUGAAAGCAGACGAGCUCGUUCUGUCUUCACUACAGUCAGAGGUUUAUGGUUUGGAGGUGGUUCUGAGACAUUUCACUUCCUCAGGCUUGACUGAUCCUUUGAUUGCUGCUCUAAGAAUUGUUCCUGAUUCCAGCCAGUAUCGUCAAAAUUUCGCAGAGGGAAAGCAGCGAGAAAGUUAUGUCAAAACAAGAAAGGUGAGAUUUCCAUCGACAGAUUUGGUCAGUUUACUGAAGACUUUCUACGACGAAAAUCAAUACAAUGUUCCACAGGUGACAUUUUCUGGCGCGCCUGUAGAACAACCAAAGUGGAACCAGAUGCUCUUCUUUUAUGGUGAUGGUCGUUGGCUGUUCAACUCCACCUCAGCUUUGGUUAUUGAAUAUUACAACGCUCUACAAGUUGUAAAUUUUGGUCGUUGGCAGCCUCGGUCCCCAGUAGCGUACUCGAUGAUAGAUCUCAAUGAAUCAUUGUUGAGUGUUUUGAAACAACAAAAUGCCACCAUGGGACUUUGUGUGGAGAACAUUACAAUAAACGAAUCAACCUUUCGCGAUAACUCUGUGAGUUUAGCGAAUGUUAAUGUCAUUUUACGGCUAAUAACAAGCAAGCGUCCUGAUCCAAUGCUCUCAUCCACGCACUUCCAUAUUCUUCCCGUUAUCGACGCGUCAUCGCAACAGACAACGGCAGUACAGAGGACACAGGUUGCUGUGAAUCCAGCGCCUUUGCCGAUGAUAAACAAACACAGCAGCGCCAAUCACGACGUUGCAGUUCAACAAGUAUCCCAAGGACAGCCCAAGACCGGUGUUGACCCAAUGUCGUUUUCUGUCAUGGAGCAUCAAGCAAAGGAGCUUGAAAAACACCGGUUUGCGAUGAAGAAAAUGGCAGAUGAUAUUCUUAGAUUGAAGAGCGAAGCCACUCGACUACAGGCCACAAAUAGCCGGCUUCGCCUUCAAAUUGAUCAUGGGAACGAGUCACGCCAGACGGUGCCUCUUCCAUUGCAACUGGAGAAAACGACUCAUGCAGAGCUGGUGCAAAGAAUAGUCAUAAUAAAAGGAAGUCUCGAUGAACAGAUCGCUAUCAAUAGAGAACUAAAGCUCGAAAUUCAAAGUCUUCAAAAUCAGUUGAUUAAGAAAAACGAACGAGAGAAAGAAUUGUACAAACUGCAGGACGCGCAUAAGAACCAACAGAUGCUUUUACAGAAGAUGCAGGAACGACUUCGUCGAACCAAGACGCUCGAAGAUACGUGCAAACGACAGGAAAAGGUUAUUCUUCGGUUAGAGGAUUUUCUUGCAAUUUCCAAAGGAAAGGGCAAAAAGAACGAAGAUCAACCCUUGAAAACCACCGAAGAAACUUUACUAGAUGAAAACAAGAGGUUGAGAGCCCUCGUUCUCGAUUAUGAAAGAACAAGUAAGGCGGUGGAGGAAGACAUAGACCGAAUGAAGAUGGAUGAGAAAUUACGCAGAGCUGAAGGCAGGGUCGUUGCACUCGAAAAAGAGCUCUUAGAAAACACUCGAAGAUGGGCAAGAGAUAAAGCGGAGUUGCAGCUCAAGUUGAGUGAGACACAGAUGUCGCAGAGCUCAGGUCAAUAUCCGAACCUCUCUCAUGAACCUUUUAGUCUUUUUGACAGGACUCCACCCAACUCGGUUAAUCUUCGCAACCAUUCCCGAUUGGCGUCACCAAAGCUGUCACCGCUGACUAAAAAAUAACGUUCGCUCAAAUCGCCACGUAUAAUUGAUGCCUAUAAAAUUGACGCUUUGUUGAAACGCGGGCCACUGGUGAUGGAGGUUGAGCGGUGAACAGACUGGUCACAGCAACAGGCCACAACACGACCACCAUUUAGAAAAAAACAGAUUGUCAACUACGGAGUUUUCUCCGUACUGAAUAUCGAAAGUGAAAACCAAUCAACAAUUCUCAAAUUGGGAAAAUAUUUAUUGUGUUUUCACAAUACAAUACAUAGUUGUCUCGUAUUGAAGUGCAAGUUAGAAAAAUUGAGAGAUUUGGUCUGAUUUUCAGCUCCAAAGUUUGCCAACAUUUUUUGGUUAAACCAACCAUAGAAUUGCGAUGGUUGUGUCAUAAAUAUUUUAAACUGUUUUCGCCAAGAUGAACAUGUUCUUUGUCAUAACAUGUCGCCCGCAGAGAGCCAUUGAACCAGAUAUAUAAGUGCAAUAUAUUGUAAAUAUCAUACAAACAAAGAUAUUUAUUAUUCUGUCAUCAAUUCACAUUACAUACUUACGGACCCCACCGGAUUUAAUAUAGUUGACUGGAAUUGUUGCUCAAUACAUUGGUUCAAUAUCAGGCUAUAUUAUUAAAUAAACAAGUUUUUUUUAUUGAAAUAACGUAUUCAGGAACUUUAUAAUUGGCUAAAAUUGUUUCAAAAUAUUGAUUCAAUAACAUUGUA